AUGAUUGCACUGAAGUCGGCUCUACGUCUGCCUCGUGGUCUGAGCGUGGAAUGGGUGGACGGCAUGACGGCUCAAUUCACCAACGUCUGGCUGCGCGACAACAGCCUGCACAUGAGACCCUCCCUCAUCCAUCUCGACCUCAAUCCAUGCCCUCAGAGGGUCGAUCUCACUGGUAACUGCGUUUCGCUGGAAUGGCCGCCGUUCCUCAGAGCUGACUUCUCUAGUGAAUUUCUUCGCUCGCACAGUACCAUCAAACCUGGAACGAAUCCCUGUAAAGUACCGAACAAAAAGAUCCCCUCGGUGGUGACGGUGGAGACGCGAUUCGGCGGCGCGCGAGUUAGUCUAGUCGACUCGAUAGCGGCGUUGAAGAGGAUGCGCGACGAACACCCACUCUACUUCAAGUUCAUGCUCGACAAUCCUAUCGAAUAUGAACAUGCGUUUUUCAAGGCCACACAUCAUCUAGCAAAUGUUGACAACAACGGUAUAGUCUCAGCAGUUUUCAAUAACGACUUCCGAUCCAGCCACAUGACCACCAACAAUCAUGAUCUGUUCUAUCGCAGUUUGAAGUCAUUCUAUAACAUUUGUUGCGAGACACAGCAAGAAGUUUACAUCAAUUCGGACGAGUUACUCGUAGUUGAUAAUUCGCAGACCCUUAUCGGAGCACCUGCACAAUGGAGCAGAGAGAUACGCGUUCGUGUAUUUCCUUGA